CACUAAUUUCAGUUAAUGAUUGAUCAGCUAAUUUACAGCAGGAGCCAAAGUCUGAACGGACUCAGUCAUCUGUUGCCUGCAACAGAAUCGAGCCACUUUCUCAGGAUCCCGCAUGAUACAAGGUCCUUUUUCCCUAGCAGGAUGCUUUGGCUAUCAUGGACAAUACUCUCCAUAUUUCUGGCAGUAGCAUCAGGGAACACAUCCCCACAAUUUCACAUGAACAGCUCCUUCACCUUGCCAGAGGACACUCCUAUAAAAGCCUGGGUUUUUCAGCUGGUGGCUGUGGAUGCUGAAGGGGAUACCUUGACCUAUAGCUUAGAGGGUGUCUAUGCCUACUACUUCUCUGUCAACAGUGAAUCAGGCAAUGUGACAUUGGAGCAAACAGUGGAUUAUGAGCAAAGAAAAGUUAUUAUCCUUGAUGCUGGAGUGACAGAUGGUAAAAGUGUAAAGAUCUAUAAAAAAAUCACCAUCAUUAUAGAAGACCGGAAUGACAAUAAGCCAAUAUUCCAGAAGGAGCCCUAUUUUACUGAUGUCCUUGAGAAUACAAGAAUUGGUUCCCCAAUCUAUACGGUCUUGGCUAUGGACAUGGACACUGGAAAUGCUGGACGGGUAUCUUACACAAUUGAAGAAGUCAACCCAAACGAUGCGGAGAAUCACUGGCUCUUCUACAUCCUCUACAAUGGGACUGUUGUGCUGAACGGUUCACUCAGCUACAAUAACAAGAGCACUUUCUACCGAAUCAAGAUCUUAGCUACGGAUCAUGGAGGACAGCUGAAUGGCAAAUUAGUCUAUCAGAACAACACAGCCUAUCUGUCUGUGACAGUUGUUGAUGUGGCUGACCUGGACCCCAUAUUCCUGGGAGCACCAUACACAAGCUCAGUACCAGAGAACUGCACUCUGGGUACAUCAGUGGUGAAGGUGUUGGCCAUCGACCAGGAUAGUAACGUGAAUGACAUAAUCUAUUACAACAUUACCAGUGCCACUAGCUUGUUUACAAUUGACACUAUCACAGGAGUCAUCACUGUGAGUGGUCCCUUGGACAGAGAGGGUGUCCCAGGUGAAGAGGUGCAGCUCCAAGUUGUGGCUCAAGAGAAAAACCUCAAUGUUUACCAGGAGGUGGCACAAGUGAUCACCACCGUAACCAUCCAGGUCACUGACAUAAACGACAACAAACCUCAGUUCUAUAUGUGCUCCACAUAUCCUACCUGCAACAUCACAGAUCCACAGGGCAACUUUUUUGGUGAUAUUGAGGAACAUGCUUCUGCCAGAACACCUGUGGCUGGCCUCAACAUUGUGGCCUAUGAUUCUGACAAGGGUUCCAAUGGCACCUUCCAGCUGUCCCUGCAGGGUCCAGAUUCAUUUGCAUUCUCAGUGUUACCCAUGAAGAUUGUGAAUGAAGGAACUGUGCAGGUGCUCGUGAGCAAUUCUAGUCUUGUGGAUUAUGAAAAGACACCUCAUAUGACUGUGCAGAUUGUAGCAAAUGACACUGGAAGGGCAACUGAUUGCUGCUCCUUUGCCACAGUCACCAUCACUCUAACUGAUAUCAAUGACCACAGGCCUGAGUUCAACCAAAGCGAGUACAAACUCUAUGUUCUGGAGGAGAGCCCACCUGGCACCAUUGUCUCUUCCAACAUCACAGCUACUGAUCCAGACAGUGGAAAGUAUGGAGAGAUCACCUACUAUCUGCUUCCUCAGAGCAUCCAGUCCACUUUCACGGUGAAUGCAACAAGUGGUGUAGUGCUAGUGGUGAAUGGCACUAAUCUGGAUUGGGGAGUCCGUCCUGUCUAUUAUGCCACCCUGCAGGCCGUGGAUGGGGGUGGCCUGUCUGGCUCCACACAGCUGGAGAUCACGGUAGUUGAUAUCAACAACAAACCUCCAGUUGUGACAGGCUCCUACAAUGUCUUUGUCACUGAGGGUGAAAACAGUACUGUCCAUAUCCAGGCCACUGACCAGGAUGAUCCAGAGACCAAUAACAGUCGCUUGCUCUUUGAGAUCGUGCCUGGUGACUUCAGCAGCUACUUCACCAUCGACCCAGUCACAGGAGUGCUGAGCAGCAAAAGUCCCUUGGACCGAGAGGCCAUCCCUGUGGAGCUGAAGGGCAAGAUGGAGGUGACAGUACUGGUUCAUGACUUGGGCAUCCCCCAGUUGAAUGCCACCGUCAAUGUCACCUUCAUUGUGGAGGACAUAAAUGACAACGCACCCAGAUUCAACAGCUCCUUCUAUGACUUUUUUGUUCAAGAGGGCUUCCAAGGAAGCUUUGUGGGGAUUGUGGAGGCCACAGAUGCUGAUCAGACAGUGAUGAACAACCGUAUCUCAUUCCAUAUCGAAAGCAGUGCAGGUUCAAACAACUUUCUGAUACGUUCAAAGUACCUGGGGCCUGGCUGGUACCAGGGAAAUUUGACUCUAGACCCAGAUGUUCAUCUUGACUAUGACCAGAUGCAGCAGAAGUUCUUCAAUCUGACUGUGCAGGCUGAAAAUUCAGACUUUGGGGGGACUAUGGAUGUUGCCACUGCUGUGGUGAAGGUGAAUGUGCUGGAUGUCAAUGAUGAAUCCCCAACUAUUGUGCCAUCACCACCACAUGACAUUAAUGUUUUUGAGAACUCCACCCUGCAUGAGUUAGUAGCCAUGCUGAAUGCCACUGACAUGGACACUAACCACUCACUGGUAUUCCAGGAGUUAGGUGUAGCAUGCUUCAAAGACUCAGACAUCACAGGCAAUGUGUGCCAGAAGUGGUUCCACCUAGAGCCCAAUGGCUCACUUUUUGUGAAUAGUUCAGAAUUAAACUAUGAGGUCUGUGACCUAGUGAAGCUCACGUUGCGUGUUAAGGAUGAGUUCACUGAGAAGGGAUACCCCUACAGUACAAAUGAGACCCUGAGAAUCUUAAUUGUUGAUGUGAAUGACAAUCCACCAGUGUUUCUUCAAAGUACCAACACCUUUGUGAUAAUCCCAGAGAUCUCUCCUAUGGACCUGCAAGUGGCUGUGGUCAAGGCUACAGAUGAUGAUACUGGUGCAAACGGCGUGAUAACAUUUGCCAUCUCUAGGGUACUUUUCAUCCCAGACACUGGACCACAUCAGACCCUUGAAAAUCUUUUCAAAGUGGUGACGACAGCAGACAAGAACGUCUACACUGGGAGCAUUCAAGUUGCAAGCAACCUUGACAGUUCAUUGAAGGGUCGCUAUCAGGUGAUGGUGGAAGCCAAGGACCACGGGGUACCUCUCCUGAAUUCCUCAGUAUCGCUAGAUAUCUACACUGUGGACCAAAGCUACCGUGUCAGGCUGGUGUUUACUUCCUCCUUGCAGACUGUGCAAGCCAAGUCAGAUGAAAUCAAAGCGUCUCUGAGUACAGCAACCCAAACAACUGUCUACAUAGCAAACAUCAAGUUGAUAGAGGGCUCAGAAACUUCCAGAUCUGACAGGGCCAUGUCGAAGACGGCAAUGGAGGCCUAUUUUGUCUACAGCAAUGGCACCGCUCUAAUGGCUGGACAAGUACGGGUGCUCAUCCAGAGAAACCCUGAGGAAAUGUCUCGGUUGAUCAACCUUGGCUUAUCAAUCAUUGGCCCUGUAGAGGUGACGGAGUCCAACAAGGUGCUGGAGCUGUUGGGCAUCAUUGCAGGGCUGGCUGGGGCUGUGGUUCUUAUCCUCAUCGUCAUGAUCCUGAUAAUAACAGGCAUGAGGAAAAGUUAUGUGAGGAAGCUGAAGGCCUUACAAGCCCUGAAGGUGGCUUCAAAAUUCUCACCGGCUGAAGUGAAACAGGGACCUGCCAUCCCUGGGACCAACAAAUACAACACAGAAGGGGCUAAUCCUGUGCUUGGUCUCUCCUUGUACCCCUCCCUGGACCUGGAGGAAAACACCAGCUUUGAAGUGGCCAGCCUGAACUCCUUGGAUGAGAAUAUGGUUGAUGCUCCAGAGAAUGCUCCAGUCGCUCCUGCACCGAAGCACAAAGCAGAUGCUCGAUACCAAGCAAAUGGCUGGAAGGAGCCCUUGAAAGCUGCCUUAGAAAGCCAUAACAAAGACAAGCCAGAGCAACUGGGGCAUCUCAAGAACAAGAGUUUGACCUUCGAGAACCCCUCCUUGGACACCACCGAUCUCUGAUUGCACUGUCUCCUCCUGGCAGAGGAACAGCCACUCAUGAGCAGGACUUGCAUACAGCCUGGAGACAUUGCAACUGUUAAUGAACUCAUGGGGAAUGCUUUUUAAUCCAUGGCUUGUGAUUGUCUGAAUUAACUCCAGGCCUGCAUCCGAAGCAGGAAUGAGCCUGGCUCAAACUAAAAUGAGAUACCACAUCCAUCAAGAAGAUGGAAGAGGUUGUAAGUGCCUACCAAGCUAGGUAGUGUCAGCCAAAUGUAUCUACUAUCACAUGUUCAAAAACUAGGAUGCAAAAUACCACUUCUCAUUGGAGACAGGGCAGGAAAUGGCAGUUCUGAAUAGUUUCCAGCCUCUAGGCACAGAACCUGUACUGUGCAGCUCUGUGCUAUCUCAUGCCACCACUAACCCUGCUAAGGGCAGGGGCCUCUUACCACGUUUGCCCAGACAUCAUGCAACACUAGUGACCAGAUAGCACAUUCAGCUUCCUGUGCACCACCUGUGAUAAAAGCAUAUCCUGGGCUCACCUUUUCUUUUUCCAAGACAAUAACCCAGGCUUGUGUAUUCCUCUGGAAAUCCUCGCAGAAAAGCUUAUUGUGGGGUUCUAGGGAUGAAGCCUAUCUAGGCCCAGAUGUCCUCCCUGAGCACCAACCACUGUGGGGCUGCUUUGCUGGUUAUUGCAACAUCUUUGAUGUGUGGUUGGGUCGAGAAGCAUAUGAGGGGGAAACGUUGCCAGUGGGUACCAUCUCUUCGUUGUGGCAAGGAAGAUGUGCCACUACAAAGAACCUGGUGCUCAGUGUUGGGCUAUGAUAAAGGUAUCUUGCUUCACAACAUUCAUCAAAUGGUAAUGUUAAUGAUUGCAAAACUGGAAAAACUAGGAAUGGGUUCAGGUUGUGGGGCAAACAUGUGCCUUGUGCCUCUCUGUAUUUUGCUUGAUGGUUGUCGGAACUCAACUUUCCCCCAAAUCCCAUUGUCGGUCCUUUCGGCAGUAUGCUUUGAACUGGUUUCCAAUGUGCAUGGUUGUGUGAAGCAUGCCUACCUUCAAAAUAAAUA